AUGGAACACGCAAGGCCACCUCCGGAGUUAAGUAUGGACGGUAGCCCUGUCGGCCGGGCCGACGCAUGGAAAAGGUGGAAAACCCAAUUUCUAUUAUUUAUUAAAGCUUCUGGAGUCCACAAAGAAGAAACUGGAGUACAAGCGAGUUUGUUGAUAAAUUUAAUUGGAGCAGAUGGAUUUGAUGUUUAUCAGACUUUUGCAUUCGAAAGUGAUACACAACGUGAUGACGUCAAUAUAUUGAUAAAAAAAUUUGAUGAACAUUUCGGCGUGAAGACAAAUGUCACAUUAGCAAGAUAUAAUUUUUUUACGCGUAAUCAAAGUGAAGGUGAAUCUAUUAUACAAUAUGUGACCGCAUUAAAAUUAUUGAGUAAAAAUUGCGAAUUUCUGACAUUGGAAUUUGACCUUAUUCGCGAUCGUAUGACAAUACGAUCACAGACAUGUGGAAUAACAAAUAUCGCAGUGAGGGACCGCUUGUUACGAUCAGAAGAUUUAACUUUAGAAAAAGCCAUAAAUAUAUGUCAAGCAGAUGAAGUAUCUGCUGACGGGAGACGACAACUGGAAUCGAGUAGCGGCACUCCGUCAUCGUCAGGCCCGGGGCCUGCGCUCGUGAGCGCCGUAAGAGCGCGCGGUUCACGCGGCCGUAGCAGCUCUCGCGCUCGCGCACCGAGGUAUAGCGUUACCAACCGCAGAGGGAAUAGUCACAAUAUGCAUACGGUUGCCAAUUGUCCAAGAUGUGGGGCUCAAAGAUGUGAGCCGACUACAUGUCCUGCGUUGAAUAUUCAGUGUUACGUUUGUCAUAAUUAUGGUCAUUUUGCUAGAAUGUGUCAAGUGAAAAAUGUUAAAAAAAUGUAUGAUAUUGAAACAUUUGAAAAUCAAUCGGACGAUGAUGAGUCAUUUUUUGUUUCUGUAAUUUCGAAUUCAACUAAUUCCAAAUGCUAUCCAUCAGUGGCUGAGGAUUGGUACGAAUACUUGAGAUGUGAUGGUGGGGUUGAAAAGUUUAAAUUAGACACCGGUGGUAAAUAUCAUAUAGUUGUAAAUCCGUCUGUGAUGCCCGUAAUUAGUGCAUCUCGUAAAGUUCCAUUAGGUAUACGUGAUAAAUUAAAAAGUGAGUUAAAUAAAAUGAUGGAUAUGGGUGUCAUACGAAAGGUAUCCCACCCCACUCCAUGGGUUAAUUCGUUAGUAAUAGUUGCAAAAAAAAAUGGUGGUAUCCGUUUAUGUCUAGACCCACGACCUUUAAAUACGGCUAUACAACGAGCGCAUUUUCAACUACCUACAGUAACUGAACUGGCUACUAAACUCAAAGGUGCCAAAUAUUUUUCUGUGUUAGAUGCUAAUUCUGGGUUCUGGGCCAUACAACUGGACUCUUCCAGUUCUGACCUUUGCACAUUUAAUACUCCGUUUGGAAGGUUCCAAUUUUUAAGAUUACCGUUUGGUUUAAAUUGUGCCGCCGAAGUAUUCCAUGCAAAAAUUAAACAGUUAUUUGAGGAUUUAGAAGGAGUGGAAUAUUUCAUAGAUGACCUUAUUUGCUGGGGUCGCACAAAAGCUGAACAUGACACACGCUUAAAAGCUUUACUGCAAAGAGCACGUGAAGUAAAUUUAAAAUUUAAUAUUGAAAAAUGUAAAUUGUGUGUAGAAGAGGUAUCAUAUUUGGGUCAUGUAUUUAAUAUCCAUGGUAUGAAGCCAGAUCUGAAUAAAGUUAAAGCUGUAAAGAAUAUGCCAGCCCCUACUGAUAGAAAAUCAUUAGAGAGAUUUUUUAGGUGCUAUUAA